ACUCUCCUUGCUUGUCGAAAAGUUCUCUCGACUCGAGCGUUGUAUUGCGUUCCCCCAUCUAAAGCUCACUCUCUUUCAAGAUGGAACUGAACCAGUUGUGAACUGACUUUAUAAAAUAGGAGAUCAUGGCCAGCACCCAAGCUGAAGCAGAAGCUCCCAGAAAUGGGCCCGAAAUGAAGGAUCUAGAUGGGCCCAACACUAACGGGGUGGAUGCUCAGAUGGAGACAAACAGCUCCAACGGGCCAACUUCCACCCCCAUCAGCAACAAUGGCUCCCAUGACAUGAACGACAGCAGCAAAUUGCAAUCAAGUGGGGGUUACUACAAGCCUCCUGUUGGAUAUCCUGGAGACGGUUCUCCUGCUGCUGGCUAUGAGAAUGCCCAAUCUGGAUUUGGAUAUUCUCCCCAUGGUUACAUCCAUCAGCAGCAGCAGGGUGAAUUGCAGCAGCAGGGCAGCUACCCGUACCCACAAUAUCCAGGCAGCAACCUGGUUCGCAAUGUCUCUAGCCCCGUGGCCACCAAACCAGGGGCUUACAUGAAUUCCAUGCCAAGGCCUGUUGGUGGACCAGUGCCGAGUUAUCCUCCAGUUCAUCAUGGUGGUGCUGCACAAGGUUAUCCUCCUUCUAGAUAUGCAACACCGACAUUAAACCAACUUCUUCAGCCUGGAACAGGAGUGCCAGUGCAAAGAUAUCCUUAUGGAGAUUAUCCUCAACAACAGCCGCCACCACCAAAUUCACAUCCAGCUUCUGGCUGGCCUAUGCAGCAGCCUCAACAGCCUAGGAAUUUCGCUCCUGGAUUCAAACCUCCACCCAAUUCGAUGCAGCAGGGAGGAGGAUAUCCCUCAUACGGACCUGGUGCCCCCAUAGGACAUGGAAUCCAACAGCAACGAUACGCCCUCACGCCUAGUGGAGGACCAGUACAGCAGCCGCCGCCAUCGCAGCAGGAACCCGUCAAGGGCAGUGGCCCAGGAUCUGGAGAGCCAUCUGCCGAAGCGAAUAACACCACGGCCGCUACGACAUCCAGCAUCCAACGGAAUAGCAGCAGCCCGUCGACGUCGUCUUUAACUGUAACGACAACUUCCACAUCAACAGCUACCGUCAGUAGCAGUAGUAGCAGCAGCAGCAGCACGCCAACGACGAGCUCGACAACGUCGACCGUCGCUUCGCCGGCUGUUGGUCGCCCACCACCGGCUCCAUCGCCCGCCAGUCGGUCCAUGUCCCCGGCUCUUGGACCGCCGAACAGUAACAACAAUAACAGCCACGUCUCGCCUAGCCCGGGUGGCCAAUCGGAUAAUAAUAAUAGCGGGCCGGCGCGUAUGAGUCAUUCUCCCAUGGCAGCCCAAGGAGCGUAUCAACAACCGAUGCCGCCGCCGCCGCACGUUGGCAUGCCAUCCUACAAGAUGGGUGGCUCUCCGUACCAACAGCCGCAGCAACAGCAGCAGCAGCCUAUGCAUCAUCCACAGCAGCAACCAGGCGGCCAGCCGCAACAACCUCAGUACCUGCCCAAUCCAAUGUACAUGCAACAUCCGCGUCCACCUAUGGGACCAGGAGGCCCCAGUCCUUAUGGUCCUGCUCCCGGAUCUUAUGGUCCGCAGCAUCAGCAGCCCCCGCCGCCAGCACAGCAGCAGCCAGGCGCUGGAAUGCCACCUAAUAGCAGUAAUGCCAACCAAAAUCCGAUGCCACCUGCUAGCCCUGGCCCAAACCGAUCGAUAACCCCACACAUGGGACCUCCGACACCUUACCCGGGUUAUCCACCAGGUGGUCCUAACAUGAGCCAAUCCCGCCAACAGCAGCAACAACAACAGCAGCAGCAACAACAACAGCAACCAAACUGGGGACCGGCCAAUACGAUGCCUGGAGGACCGCCCGGAAGCCCAGUCCACGCCAUGCCAGUUCACGGAGGCAAAGGCGGUCCACCACCUUCUGGUCCGCCGACUUCAGGCCCGCGUCCUCCCGGCCCGUCUCAUACACCACCCCACUAUAUGAAGCAGCACUUGCAGCAUCAUUUGCAGCAACAGCAACAGCAGAAAAUGUACGGCAUGGCUUCAUCGCCGGGCCCAGCUCCUCCCGCGCCAUCUCAAGGCCCGCCGCCGCCUUCUCUUCCGCAAUCGCAACAACCGCCAACGCAACAGCAGCAGCACAUGGGGCCUUAUCCUCCACCUGGCAUGAACAAUGCCGGCAGCAUGGCUGGUCACCCUCCGUCGGCAGCUUCUCCCGUUACCAAUCUGGUGACGACGGGACCAGACGGUGUGGCUGGACUGGACGAGGCCUCGCAGCAGUCAACACUGUCGAAUACGUCAGCAGCGUCGGGUGACGACGUUUCGGCUCCUUCGACCCCGCGUUCUCGCAAAGAAACCGGUUCGAUGCCAAUGACACCGUCCGCUCAUCAUCCGCCCUUUUCUCAACAGCAGCCGUUGCCGCCGCACCAAAUGCUCAGUCAUCCACCAACUCCGCAGAGCACUGUGCCCAGCCCGGGUCCAGCCUCCUUAUCUUCGCAACACGAAGAAUACAACGACGUACACAGUCCGGGCCCAGGUGUAGGCAAUUGGAAUGUCUCGGCACGGCCUACACCAUCCUCGCCGGUAAAAAAAACGUCUCACGUGAGUGACGCUCUUGCGCGGAUGUACGAGUUUGACGAUCACCCCGACCGGAGGAAGUUCCUCGAUCAGCUUUUGCGCUUUAUGGAGGAGAAGGGCAGUCCCAUAACGGCUUGUCCGACCAUUUCCAAGAACCCGCUCGACCUCUUCCGUUUGUACCUGCUGGUUCGGGACCGAGGUGGUUUCCUGGAAGUGACCAAGAACAAAGCGUGGAAGGAUAUUGCUCAGACUUUGGGCAUUGGUGCCUCUUCCAGCGCCGCCUACACGCUACGUAAACACUACACCAAAAGUCUCUUCCCCUGGGAGUGCAAGUGGAAGCGACUACCAAGAAGAAACCAGCGCCGAAAAUCAGUGUGCCCUCGCCGGCAGGAUCAUCAAACAGUCAGGAUUCGUUCCCGUCUUCGGGAGGAGUGCCCCCGAUACCAUCGAUGGAUGGAUACCCUAAUGCACACUAUCCCGGCUAUCCUCCACCGCAUGCAGGAGAAAAUAUCGCCGCUAGCAAUCCAUUCGACGAUCAACAACAUUAUGGCGGUAGAGGUGGACAUCCCGGCUAUCCGCCACACCCACCUCCGCCACCGUCCUCAGCAGCAACACCAACAGCAACAACAACAACAGCAACAGCAGCAGCAGCAGCAACAACAACAACAACAGCAACAGCAGCCUCCUGCAAUGUAUGGACGACCUGGGGGUUAUCCUGGCCAUCCAGGUCAUCCCAAUCAUCCGGGCAAUCAUCCGAAUCAGGGAGGGUAUCACCAUCCGUACCAGAACGAGUACCCAAACCCCAAUAAUCAGCAGUAUCCUCCGUUCUCGACUCCACCAAAUCGAACAAUGUAUUCAGCUCCUUAUCCUGAACCUUACAACCCUCAAGCGCCGCCAAGUGGACAAGCUCCACCUCCCGGGCCGGGGCCAGGUCCUGGGCCAUCACCUUCGGAUCCUUACGGCCGUUUUAUGCCACCCAAUCACGUCCCAGGAAGUGCGACAGUAUCGGGGCCUUACCCACCGCGACCGCCUGUACCUCCUACGGCAUCGGCCAACGUUCCGACAUCAACGUCGAGUUCCAAUCCGGCGACGAUAGCCACGACGACUUCCACUGGGCCACAGUUGGUACCACCGUCACCCCUCGCACAAUCUAUGCAGCCACAACAACAACAACAACAGCCGCUCGUCCAGCAACAGCAGCAGUCGCAGCCUCCGCAAACUCAACAGCCUGGCAGUACGAGUGCCGGUCCGAGUCCAGCCCCAAGUCCGGCGCCAAAUCCUGGAACUCCUGGUUAUCCCGAACAAACUGAUCAGUACCAGCGGAGUGGAUUGCGUCAAUUAUUGGCCUCGUCGACCUUGUUGGCUCCGCCUCCUUCCGAUAGACAGCCUGGUUAUCCGGUGGUAGCUGCACCAUCCAGUUUGGGCCCACCUCCUGGUCAGCCUUAUCCAGGAAUCAUUCGACCUGGAACUCCUGGUCCUGCCCCGGUUGGUAUGCCACCGAGACAAUCCACUCCUGCACCGACGGGUAUGAACCCACCAGUCGGCAGUGCACCGGGUGCACCAGUUGGACCCAACCCGAGUGCUCCAUCCGCCCCUGGCGCACCAAACCAACAGCAGCCGCAAUCGGGACCGUACCCACCUUACGGACCACCCGGUCCAGCUCCCAAUCAACAACCACGACAACCUUCGUUUGAUUCUUACGGAGCUUACCGGUCACCGUAUGGUACGGCUGGUUCCAGUGAUCAAACGUCGAGUGGUGGAGCGGGUGGAAUGAUGGGUUUUUGUAGCAAUCUUUCAACAGGUUGGAGGAAUAGUACGCCCUACGUAAAUCAGUACCCACCGCAGGGUAAUAGUCCUGGUCCGGUUCAGACAGUCGGUGCCCCUUGGGUUCCACCAACUGGAACACCACAACCUCGCAAUCCAGCUUGGGAUCAAGCCCAAAGGUAUCCUGGACCUAUGCCGGCCACUCCGGCUACCACAAUCAAUGGCACGAGCCAUCAGCAAGGGCCACCGACGGCAGUGGCGGUGCCCCCGCACCCGAUGGCCCAACAACAGCAACAACCGGCGCAACAACAAACUACGCCGCAACAACCACAACCGUGGACUGGACCGCAAACGAUGGCCAACAAUAGACAGCCGUUCAUGGGACCUCGGCCGCCCUACACAUCGUUACGCGCUCCAGACGGGAAACCUUACCCUAUGCCACCGAUUUCCGGCAAGGGACCAAUGACGGGUCCGCCCGGACCGGCCAAUUUUCCACAGGGCAUGCCACCUGGACCAACGGCCAACAUGCCAAUCUACUCGGCCAAACGCGAAUCGUAUUUCCCUCCAGAUUCGGUCGAAGCUGUUGUGCCUGUGAUGGCCAAGCGCCGCCGCCUCUGCCGGGCCGAUGUUGUUCCAGUAGAUGCCUGGAGAGUUUACCUCGCAUUGAAGUCUGGUCUGUUGGCUGAAUCUACCUGGGCAAUUGACGUCCUCAAUGUUCUGCUCUACGACGACGCCAGUGUCCACUACUUCACGUUGUCCUACAUGCCCGGUCUGACGGAAGUUCUCUUGGAACAUUUUCGGCGCUGCCUGUCGCAAAUAUUCACCAUCUUGGAAGACAUGGAAAUUGGUUACGACCGCGUCGAAGAGUUCAAAUGCAAAUUGAAGCAGAGAUCUAUCAAACCGGCGGCGGACAGUUGCCCAGCGACGAGCGGGACGGCCGUUGAAGAGGAGGAAGAUGCUUGGUGGAAUUGGCCAAAACGGAAAGCAGAGCCUGACGGCAUGGACGUUGCCGAUUUGGGCGCCGUCAAAGGGAGCGAUUUGGCUGGUGAACGCGUCCGUUUCCUCGACGGACCUGACUGGUCGAUGAACACGCGACGCGGGGAAAAAGUCGGUGUUGCCCCACGAGACAAGGAACUCUUUGUCGUCGAUGUCAAGAAGGAUUGGGACGUCCACGACGGUUUUGAAAGCGGCAUGGAUCAGUGGCAGAUUGGUGGCGGCGAUACGACCCAGCACAUUGUCACACACUUUACGGCGGAAUUAAACAUCGUCCCGUUUGUCCGAGUCCUGAAGAAAAUUGACAAGAGAGAGCAGCCAGACACUGUGGAACACGCCAACGAAACGGAACGCCAGGUCGAACCGGAUGGCGUCAAAGAGAAGCAACCCGAAGAGCCCGGCCAGCCAACGUCAGUUCAGGCGAAAAAUUGUCUUGUAAAGCCCAGCCGCAAUUUGGCCGACGUCCUCAAACGGAUCAAAAAGGAGGACGCGUCUUCCACGCCGGAUCAAGAAAAAGCUGUGGAACAAUCGGAUGCCGAAGAGGCGGCCAGACUUGCCGGUCCCAGCAGACUGGAAGAAGCGGAGGUGAAGAAGGAACCCGUCGAAUUGGCGGAAGGAAGACGAGAGCCGGCCGCGAAAGCGCCAGCCGUCCGGCAAGCAGAGUCUUCGUCGACAGUGAUUACCCUCCCUAGUGGUAGCCGUUUGAUCAUCCGUGACCCCCACGGAACGUUGAAAAGACGCAAGAUGGACGAAUACGAAGAUGAAUGCUACACGCGCGAUGAGAGCAGCCUCUACCUAGUAGACGACAGCCAAGACGCGUUGGCCAGGCGGGCACUGGCCCUGUCGAAUAUCUUUCGCAGCCUAAGCUUUGUGCCAAGUAACGAGACAGAGUUGGCCAAGAAUUCCACUUUGCUGGUCAUCGUUGGCAAGAUCCUUUUGCUACAUCACGACCACCCGCUACGAUCGUCGCACCAAAAGAACUACGAUCGAGAAGAGGAUGUCGAUUUUGCUUCCGUCGACUCGCUGGCCACCAGCGGAUCGGCUUCGGGUUUGAGCAAGUGCGAAACGGACUGGUGGUGGGACACGCUGCUGGCCCUCCGUGAAAACGUCCUCGUCCUGAUGGCUAACAUCGCCGGUCAGCUAGAUCUGUCCGUUUAUUCGGAAGAGAUUGUUCGGCCUGUGAUUGACGGUCUUCUCCACUGGGCCGUUUGCCCGUCCGCUCAAUCGCAAGAUCCCUUCAGUUCAUUCGGUCCCCAUUCUACAUCGUUGCUGUCUCCCCAGCGGCUCAGUUUGGAGGCGCUGUGCAAACUGAUGGUGAUGGACGCCAACAUGGACUUGAUCCUGGCCACUCCGCCGUUCUUGCGACUGGAGAAGUUGGUCCACUUCCUGACGCGGUCGCUCUGCCGCACCGAGGACCAGGUGCUUCGGGAAUUUGCCGUCAACUUGCUCUACUACUUAUCGGCCGCAGAUUCAGGCAUGGCCCGGCUGAUUGCCCUGCACAACAACAGUCUGGCCCUGCUAGUCUCGUUUGUCGAACAAGCCGAGGCCAACGCGCUGGCCGUGGCCAGCCAACAUGGCAUUCAAGCGCUGCGCGAGAAUCCAGAGUCGAUGGGUACGAGCCUGGACAUGUUGCGUCGAGCGGCAUCAACCCUUUUCCACAUCGCCCGGCACCCAGAGUCGCGUCCAUUGCUGGCCAAGCUGGAGCAACGGCUUCUGGCUUUAGUGAUGUCGCAAAUCAUGGACCAGAGCGUGGCCGCUCUCCUCUCCAAAAGUCUCUACCUCUGCAACAGUGAUGACGAAUGAGUUACACACACACACACACAUACAGAUUGACCCCCCGGCAAUUUGCGACAUCAAAAAAAACAACAAUAUCGAACGGCGACUACGAUAAGACAAAGAUAAUUGAUGAGUGGAAUCGAGUCUUUGUUUCAUUUUUUUUUAAUUAAUUAAAAUAUUAUAUUAUUGAUACAACAAAAAAAGCGAACGGAAAUCUCACCAGCAUUGGCUAUCAUUCCUUGUAAUAUUUUCGCCCGCCUCUAUAUCCCUCUUUUCCUCUUUUUUUUUUUUUUUUUACACAGCGCAUCACCACACACCACCUUCACCUCUUACCUAAUUUUUUUUUUUGUUUGUUUGUUGGUUUGUUUGUUUUUUAUUUUCUUCUUCUUUUUGGUUCUCGUCGGGAAA